AUGAGCGACCACACCGAAAUCUACAUCAGUGUAGACGUCGAAGCGACAGGUCCGAUUCCUGGCGACUAUUCUCUCUCAUCCUUCGGCGCCUUCGUAGCCGGUGCUCGUAAGAAAGACGGCACCUAUGGCCGCUUCGACCGACAUGACGAGGGCAAUCUCUUCUAUAUCGAGCUCACGCCGAUCACCGACAAGUUCAUCCCUGCCGCAAUCAAAGUAGGUCUCCUCGAGGGCUUCACCGGCGAUGAUUUUACAGGCGAGCGUCGGCACCAAUGGAUGAAAGACCACGGACAAGACCCAAAGGAGGCAAUGGAGAAGUUUGCCGCAUGGGUCCUCGAGACUAAGGAGCGGCUAGGCGGUGCGAGGCCCGUCUUCGUGGCGUAUCCUGCGAGCUUUGACUGGAUGUUCAUCUACUGGUACUUCAUCCACUUCGGUGUGGAAAGUCCCUUUGGCUUCAGUGGCGUGAGAGACUUGAAGGAGAUGUAUGCUACGAAGGCGAAUGUCCCGUUAUCACGAGCUACGAAGCGUAAUAUGCCGAAGCAUCUGCUGAAGAGUGAUGUGGCGCAUACGCAUCAUGCGUUGGACGAUGCGAUUGGGCAGGGACAUCUUACGAUGAAUCUGUUAGAGUGGAAGCCUUGA